CUGAGCAGAUGCAACGCCCACUCCGCUGCAAUCAUCAGACGACACAAUGAAAUAGUAGAACGUCUCAUCAACGCGGCCAGAAAACCACCAGAACACAGGCUGCUCAUAAACCAACCCAUCACGGGAAUAUCGACGCUCAGACUAGACAUCAUCCUGAUCGACGACAGAAACAAGACAUGCGCGAUAGUCGACGUAGUUGUCAGUUACGAGAACAGAAGUCUAGCGCUAUGGAAAGCGAGAGCCGACAAAGAAACCAAAUACGCUCCGAUCAAAGAAGCAUUCGAGCGAAAAGGAUACAACACCUCAGUCGAAGCCUACGUGGUAGGAGCACUGGGCACCAUGGACCCACUAAACGGAGGCGCGCUCAAAUCCCUAGGAGACAAUCAUGAAUACAACAAGCUCAUGGAGAAGCUCAUUGUAUCUGAUGUUAUCAGAUGGGCACGCGACAUCUAUGUAGAACACGUCACGGGACGCAGACAGUACCCCGAUAAAAACCCGCAAGGAAUACGGAGCGGAAACACAGAGGCCAACUAA